AUGAAAGGAUCUGCUCAACUUUUGGACGUUGAAGGCUUCAGUGUCCGUAAACAGCACGUGACUGAGAGAGCUCUUAUUGAAUUAGUUCUUCCUUGUGUGGAUCAAGGUUCCGAUGACUCACAUAAUACAUUUGCAAUUACUUACGGUGCUAGCAAACCAGCUGCAACACCUUCUUCUGGAAUUGAAAGUCCUUCAAAUAAGAGUAACAGCCGCAAGGGUGUGAAAGGUGGCAGUCCUAGAUUGGCCAGACGAUCUACUGGAUCAGCUGAUGCUAUGCCACCUUCUCCUUCAGUGCUGCUGGCCCCCUUGGAUUUGCGAUUGCAGUUCUUACUGAGAUUACUCCCUAUUGUCCGUGCAGACAUGGAGUCUCCUCUCCGUAACAUGAGGUACAUGCUUGCUUCAGUGGUUCUACGUCUUCUUGGAAGCAGAGUUGUGUAUGAAAAUGCCAGUCACUUUGUUGAUCCAACAUUAAUUUUGUGA